GGGCCUUUCUCUUCCGAUCGUCUAUCAAUGAACAAAGCGAAGAAGCAGAUACGUAACUGGACAGCCUUGCGCAAAAAACAAGCUGCGCUGCGCCGAGCCUAUGCAGCCACAGAGCAAGCGAAUGACGCAUUAUGGAAAACAUCUUCAAAUCAAAGGAGUUUCAACUUCAUUUCAUUUGUUGUGUGCAUGGCUUUUGUAGUUUAUUUCGUUCAGUAUGAACAACCGGGAGUAAAUUCCUUAAGCGGAGUAUUUAAUGCUGAAGAGGAAGAUGAAAUAGUGACUUCUGAAACCUUUACAAACUCUUGCAGACCCCGAGAAAACAUCGUCUUCCUCAAAACACACAAGUGUGCCAGUUCCAGCAUACAGAAUAUCUUCACUAGAUAUGGUUAUCGUAAUGGUCUCACCUUUGUGUUGCCUGCAAAAGGAAGUUACAUUGGCCACCCGGAGCCUUUCAACUGGUCGAUGGUACCGAAUGCAAGGAAAUUCGGUCUUCGGUACAAUAUCUUGACGCACCAUUGCCGCUUCAGUUACGAUGAAAUGAAACGAAAUUUUCCAAACGAUGUUGUUUUUGUAACAAUAGUCAGACAGCCUGUCGAACUGUACGAAUCUCUGUUUUCAUUCUAUAGUUUACAUCGAUUCUACAAAGAAAGGUUUGAUACUCUUGGAAAACACCAAAAGCCUCCCGAAGCUUACGAGAAAAGAAUGGGUGGCAAAAUUGGUUUCAAUCAAAUGCUGUUCGACUUGGGUAUGGACAGUAAGGCGUUUUCCAACUCAACUGCCGUGCAUGAAUACGUGGAAUAUCUGGAUUCUGUUUUCGACCUCGUUAUGGUAAGAGAAAGGAUGGAAGAAUCCCUGGUACUUUUACGGGAACUCCUAUGCUGGAGCAUAGAUGAUGUUAUAGUAUUUCAUUUGAAUGCCAGGAAUAAAAGGUACAAACGGAAAAUGAAUCCAGAGCUUUUGCAACGUCUACUGAAGUUCAACAGCGCAGAUAUGAUCUUAUAUAAGUAUUUUGUGCGCAGGCUGGAACAGAGAAUACAAGAAUACGGUUCAGAAAAGAUGUCAGUCGCAGUUGAAGAGCUCAAGAACAGAACCAGCAUGUGGUAUAACAUUUGUGUGCAGAAACAGGAUUUCCAGUCCAGAGUCAUCAACUCCAAACGAUAUUACACAAACCGUAUGGUCAUGGCGUACGUGAAAAAAAACCAGAAUGAAACAUGUGAUGAUUUGACAACUCAGGAACCGGUUUUCACUGAAAAAUUGCUUCGUAAACAGAGAUUUAUGUAUCCCAAACCAAAAACUUAUCGAUCCCGUUACAAAUAUAGAGUACGGCAGUGGAGAAAAUAAAAAAAAUUCUGGUUAAUUUUCUCCAUAUUCUUCACUCAGGAAUUGUUGUGAGAACAUUUGCUCAAACUCGUUUGUAAAGAUAUUGUUUUAUUUAUAACAUUAACAUGGCACAAACAGUUAAAGACACGCUGUUUUUAAAAGAACAGCAGAGAAAAAUAAAUAUCAAUUAAAUAAAAUAUUUAAGAAAUGCGGAUGAAAAGCAUUUUCGAGAAAAACUCAAGUUCAAAUGUUUAAUAACCUCCAUGAAGCUUCCUUUCGAAAAUUUUAAUAUGUUUUCUGGAAAGAUGCACAAAAAAGCAAGGAUAAGUAAUUGAAAAACUUCAAAGAAAUGUUUUUAGCGUAUUUUAAUUUAAAUAUAAUUUAUAUUUUACUUUAAAGAAAAGUAAGGAAAUUAUCUGUAUAUACCUUUUAUUUUAAUUUUAAGAAAUGUAUCAGGCAGUCUUGCACAGUUUUUUAUUCUGAUAUAUUACGUUAACAAGGAGGGAGACAAGAAGAAAAAUAGUUGGUAAUUCGACCUGCAAGGUUUGCACAUUCUCCCAUGUGAUCUGUUCCGAUGGGGUUUUUAACACAAUUAUCAUUCGCAUGUUUUCAUGAAACUUUAUUUUGCUGAAAAGGAUUUGUGAGCAGAUAUUGCAUUAGAUAUUCAAUUAUUUUUCUUAAAAUGAAGAAUUUUAAGCGCUGCGCAAAGUUGUUAGCUAUUGUAACAGAAAUUUCAGAAGAAGGAUUUUUUUUUUUUUAAUAUCCCUAAAUUUUUUUUUCAUUAAGAUUUUGGUUGUAAUUUUCGUUGCUGAAAACACCUAAUUUUUUUUCGUAUUUUGGAAAUACGUUUGCGGCUAUUGUAAAAUAUUAAUUGCAUUCUGGUAAAAUAAAAAAUUCAGAUGUAUCUACUCGGUUCACUGAAAAUCACUAAAUAUCUUCUUAAUGCUGGUCAUGUAUGCUUAGCCCUCCUGUCUUCCAUUCAAAUUUGAAAUUCCCAUUUGGAGAAGAAACUGGAAUGCAUACAUAUUAUGACGCAGAAAAAUUUGAAUCCUGUUUUAAGUAAUUUUUCAUUUAAUUUUUAGAAUCUGGUGUUUUUAUGCCUUUACAAAUUUUAAUAGUGAUGACUAGAAAUGUAGUUUGAUGUUUCAGGUACAAAAUAACGAUUUUAAUACAUAAAACGCAAGAAAAACCUUUUCAUUUUCAUCUUUCAUUUUUUUUGCUAUUAUUUCUCUUAAUCCCUACGCAGAUGUCUUACUGGAGUCUUGUGAUUCCUACUUUAAUAUGUGAUUUCGAGCACUUAGAAGCAUUAAAAUAAUUCAAUCGUUAUUACACAAGUUGAUAUUUGAAUGUGCAUUAAAAGUAACCUGUUAAAUACGAAAUGUACAAAAAAAUGUGGAAAAAAUAAAAAUAUUUUGAAUAA